AUGUGUGCAAGAGUAACUUUCAUUGGCCAAGAUGGACAAAAAUAUGGAUACCUGGAAAGUGUUGACGAGACACAGACACUAUCGCACAUUCGUGCAAGUGCGUCCAAGUUUCUCACCGGUGAGACACUACCGGAGAAAUACGUGUUUACUUGGAAGAAAGCCCCAAUCUCACCUCAGCAAGAAGAAAUCAUUAAACUCUCCCAAUGUUCUGAGGUUGUUUCACAGCAGCCCAGAAUACUUAAAUUAUACAUAAUUGACAAAAACAAUGGCAAUUGUUCUUCACACGUAAACACAGUCACAUACACCGACCAAUCUAAAGCUGAAAGUUUGUCAAAUAAUGGAAAGGUUGAUGAACAUACAAUUAUGAGAUCAGGAUUAAAACUUUUGAUAAAAAUGAAAUAGAGGAUCCGAAAAUAGCAACAAUUGAAAAAGAAAGAAUUUUUUUGAAUUCUCUAGUUAAUUCUAUUUGUUCUCAGAAACAGUUCAAAGGAUGGAGUUUGCAAACACUGAACGGUUUGAUUGACACUGAGUGGACGCUGCGGAAAACAGAAUUAUUGCAGUUAGAUGCAGAUCAAGCAAUAGAUAAGAUUAAUAGCACCCAAAAAGCGAAUUCCCACAAAACUGAUGUAAGAGAGAAGAAAAUUCAACAAAUAUUAGACUGGUUGUUAUUGCUUGACUUCCAGCGAAAAAAAGUGUACAAGAAAAUUGAAGACCUGCAUGAACAACUGAAGCAUUCAGCAACUGAUCAUACCAAAGUGCAGCACCAGAUAGCCCUCGAGGAACAUAUCUAA